GAAGAAGAAGAAUUAAGGAAGACAGAGUAGAGGAGGAAGACUAAAGAAGAAGAUUGGAGAGGAGGAGGAAGACUAAAGAAGAAGAAGAAGAAGUAGAGAGAGAAGAUUGGAGAGGAAAUUUAAGAAGAAAAAGAAGUAGAGGCGGAAGAUUGAAGAGGAGGACAGAGUAUAGAGGAGGAAGACUAAAGAAGAAGAAGAAGAAGAAGAGGCAGAAGGUUGAAGAGGAAGACUAAAGAAGAAGAAGAAGAAGAAGCAGAGGAAGAGAAAGACUAAACAAGAAAAAGUAGAGGCAAAAGAAUAGAUUGGAGGAAGGGGAGGAGGAAGAGUAGAGAAGAAGAGAAAUACUAAAGAAGAAGAAAUAGAGACAGGAGGAAAAGUACAAAAGAAGAGGAAGAAGAAGAAAAGUUACAUGGCCCCCAUAUUGUAGUGUUUCCCCUUAACUGACACACUAGCACCUCUUAAUGGCACUGGCACCCUACCUGGCACCUCUCAAUGGCACUGACACCCUACCUGGCACCUCACAAUGGCACUGGGACACAAAACAGAGCACAGCGAGAAGCCAGACUCAGUUGCUCAGCCUGUGGAGGGAGUGAGCAGUGCCUGAGAGAGUGCCUGUGUUGAGCCUUGAGUGAGUGCCAGAGUGCCAGAGCUUCAGGCACCUCCAGGAGACACGGGAAGGCACACCCACAGGACCAGAGGCUUUAGGGUGUGGUGGAACAAAGGUUGGGUCGUGGCUGAGGCUCAAGGUCAUCGUCUUCUUGGGAACGUUUUUGAUAGCCAUGGAGGACACGGCGUGGAAGAGCUGGACGCACUGUGUGGUGGACCAGUACGUGAAGGAGGUGACGGACUUUAGCUCACAGUACGGCAGCGACGGCUCGAUAUCCUACGUGGCCAACAACAUCACCGGCAAGCCCACACUCUACCCUGACUAUGGGGACUUCUCGGCUGCAUACUGCCUGCGAAGUUACGGGCAGUGGUGGUUCAGGAGUGAGUCAGCCCCCGAGCCCAUUGAAGGCCCCAAGCCCCUCCUGCCCCCCUCAGUUGACUUCAUCGAUCUGAAGUAUGACACGCCUGUGUACCCCAUAAGACUGGACUUCUAUGAGACGUACCAUGGUGGGAGUGUGGUGCGGGUGUGGGGCUCGCUGGAGGGGCGGGGCUGGGUGCUGCUGUGGGCCGGGGAGCCACAGACAGGACUCAAGGCAGCGGCCCGGAUAUUCUCUCCCCCCAUCAAUCAGCCGCACGUUAUGAUCAACAUGCUGAGGGUGGAGUUUGACCAGCGAGGCCACAGCUACUACUCGGCCCUGGAUGCUGUGAUGCUGGUUGGCUCCUCUCACACUAGCAGCAGUGAGUCCGUGGCCCUCGGCGAGACCAUCACCACACAGAUCAUGAAGAUGGGUCUACACAAAUCCAUCUGUGAAGAAGACAUCCUCAAUGGUAUCCAGUUCCUGCUCUCCGAAGAAAACCUCCAGAAACUCGUAGUAGAGGAGGAACAGAAGGACGAGGCAGUGGAGGAACUCACAAGGGAGGAGAAGGCGGACUUGGAAGUGUGUGAGAGUAGCAUUGUGGCGGAGGACGUCAUCUGUGCGGCGAUAGAGGCGGAUGUCCCAGAGGAGGAGGAAGAGGAAGGAACCAGCGGGGGAUACUUUGACCUCCUGCCUGAGGAGCUGAUCAUGUACAUCCUCCGUAAAUUGGACAUCCGGAGUCUGUGCCGCCUGGCCCACACCUGCAAGCUGCUCCAGGCCCACACCUCCGACCCCAUCCUCUACAUGAACCUCAAUCUGCAGAACUGUUGGUGGCUGGUGAAAAAUGCAACCUUGGAGUGUCUGGCCCCAAGAUGCUCCCUCCUGCAGUGUCUAGACCUGUCCUGGUGUGGCCCGUACGGUGCUGUGGACACGGAAACCUUUAUGGAGUUCAUUCACGCGUGUGGCCACCAACUCAUGGUGCUAAGACUCAACAACUGUCACUUCAUAGACAACUAUUGCCUCUACAUGAUAGCAAAUGUGUGUCCUAAUUUACAUGAGCUGAGCAUGGCCAACUGCACCAAAGUGGAUCACCUAGGCUUCGGGGAGCUGAAGAAGGCCCGAGCCUUGUCCCGGCUGGACCUGGCACGCACACGCAUCGAUUUCCACACCCUCCAGCUCCUCCUGCAGCACGCCAGUCACCUCCAGCACCUCAGCCUCAACAACUGCACUCAGCUGGACAUGGAUGAAGUGGCACUGACCCUGGCAACCUUCAACCACGGCCUUGUGUCCCUGGCUGCCUGGAAGACCCACGGCCUGACCCAGAGGGGCCUGCGCGCCCUGGCCUGCAUCCCUACCCUUCAAGACCUGGACCUUGGAUGGGCGUUGUCGGGAGGCAUCACAGAAAGCUUUGCUGAACUGAUCCGAGAGUGCAAAGGCCUCAAGAGACUGUACCUGUCAGCCCUUCGCACCUUCACGGACCAUGACCUCCACCUGCUCAUGACCCACGCCAGGAACCUCACCCAGCUGGACAUCAUGGGGACCAGGAACAUCACACCUGAGGCUGUCCAUCGGUUGCUACAGAACUGUCCCAAGCUGGAGCUCCUGGACAUCAGCUUCUGUGAGCAGAUCCACUACUCCCACGUCCACCACUGGGCGGUGCAGUUCCCGCACGUGGAGAUCAAGGGAGGGCUGUGGCACCAAGUGCGCAUUGUCUAGCCAAAUACGUAAUCUACAUAUAUUUCCAUAGUAGCUAUUUUUUUAUCUUAUUUAUUUAUAUUAAGGCUGCCUGGAGGCCUUUCCAGAUGUAAAAACACUUUUAUACCGCAGUAAUAAGGGAGUGACAAAAGUAUCUAGAGCUUUAAGAUAUUUUUCAUGGGCACGUUGUUCUGCCCAAUCUUAUUUGUGUUCUAGUCAGAUGUACUUAUUAUACAAUCCCAUCAAGAAGAGCAAUGCAGCUUUGCGUGUAUCACGAAUCUCCUUUUUGUUAUAUACAUAAUAGCAAUAUGAAAAUCCAAGCCAUGUCUUUCAGAUCUAUUAUCUUAGUAUAAGGAAUUAGACUCAAUUAGUAUAUAUUGCACAGUAGUUGCGACUCGUGGGUACACAAGGUAUAGUGGUACUAGAGGUUGGCUGUAAAUGUUUAAGGGUUUGAAUAUGUGAUUUGUAGAGGUGACUUAAGGGAGGGGAGAGUGCAGACCUUGAUGAGGAUCUUCUUUAGUGUGUGGAGGAGUUUUCUUGUCAAGGUGAUGUUGUUGGUGCUGGAUGGGGACCAGUGUGUGGUUUGUACAGUGUUUGCCAGUAGUGUGCCAGUACAAGAAAUCUACAAGAGCAA